UUUUUCUUUCAUUCAAAAUGGCUGACAGGCAACAAGAGAUGGAAAAUUUACAGCAAGAAACCUCAAACGGCGAAAUAAACUUGUCUGUGGAUCUGGUUAAUCUGCUCAACCGAUAUGGUGUACAGUUUGCUGACGCAUCGUCAGUAGGUUCAUUUCUUUCGCAGCUCGGAAUCACAUCGGAUAUUGGCACAGAGACGCAGGUAAUAUCAGCGACGGAAGACGCAUUCUCCGAUGACCAGAACCCGGUUGACGAAUCCAGUCAGCUACAGAGUUACAGUGGUGAGGUGGAAGAGGAAAAUUUCAUCGAUACCGGUGAAUCAACGAUUGAGUGUCCCAUUGACGGCGAUUCCUCCGGAGUUAAUUCAAUCCCUUCAUCAAAUCAAAGAUCGCCAGAUGUCGAAAAUUCCAUCGGAUCGUCGGAAGCAAAUCGUGCAAGGGUCGAAAAAGAAUCCCAGGAAGAGUCAUUUCUGGCGCCGAAUUCAUCACGAUUGCUGAGCUUGAAAGUAGAGAUAGCUGAUGAACCUGCAACUGAAGAAGACAUAAAUCCGCCGUCGGCGAUUAAUAGCUCGGAAUUGGAAACCGAAGCCGAUGCUGAGGUUAGCAAAGAUACUACUACAGUCACACAAAACAAACCGGACAGUUCGAGCAUAAAAGAGAACGCUUCUCCCAACGUUAACGCCAGCGCAGGAAUCGGCCCAGUCGAGAGCAACGGUGGAGUUGAAUUAACGCCAAAGUUGCUGCUUGAAAUCUUACAACAUUCUAUUAUCGGGCAGGACAUAAUCGCACGAGCAUCCAAAGGUGUGCUUUCGGACGGACGCCAACUGGAAUUGGCUCAAAUAAUCGCAGAAUGGCAUCUAGAGCACAGAAAAAAACUCUAUGAAGAUAAUCUGAAAAGUUACGCAAAGACCAUCACUUUGCUGUUCAGGAAUGAAAAACUGGUAAGCUAA